AUGGCUCCAAUUGGAAGUAAAAGAAGAAGGAUCAGGGAAGAAAAGCAAACAUCAGAUCCUCACGAUGAGGAUAUCACCGAUCCCUCAUCGAAUGAGGAUGCAGGCCCAAUUGAUGAAGCCGAGGAGGGCGUCAAUAGCGAGGAAUUAGACUCAAAUGACGAGUUUGAGGGGGAGAAUCCUGCGGAUAAGAGAAGAAGAUUAGCCAAGCAAUACUUGGAAAACCUUAAAGAGGACGCUAAAAGUAUAUUAAUGGAUCGCCACACUUCUUUAGGAGAUGCUUCUGCUCAAAACGAGGAUACUGAUGAUUACAACAAUUUCGACGCACGCGCUAUGGACGAAGAUAUUAUAGCAUCCAGGCUAAAGGAGGACGUAGCUGAGCAGCAGGGACGCGUUUACAGAUUCAUUGCGGACCGCUUACUACUGUCAGAGGCUAAGACUUCUUUCACCCGAGUGGGCGAAACGAACUUAACUUGCAUAAGCUGUUAUCAGCCACCUAUGAAUAAAUUCAGUUACGGCGAUGGACAGACGAGCAAUAAGGACAAGGGGAAAAUAUAUGCUUACACGGUGAGUAAAAGUCUUCAAUUAACAAAAUAUGAUAUAACCGAUUUCGAUAAAAGACCAACGAAGCUAAAAUAUACCACGGGAGGAUCGAAGUUUCAACCCCAAAGUGUGCAUGAAUACGAGAAUACGACAGAAGGACAUUAUGAUGAAAUACUCACUGUAGCGGCUUCCCCAGAUGGCAAGUAUGUGGUCAGUGGUGGAAGGGAUAGGAAAUUAAUCAUAUGGAGCGCGGAAUCGCUUGCGCCUGUAAAGGUUAUUCCGACCAAAGAUAGGCGAGGUGAAGUGUUAGCACUGACUUUUAGGAAAAACACAGAUCAACUAUAUGCUUCCUGCGCCGACUUCAAAAUAAGAACUUACUCAGUGAACCAAUUCUCACAACUGGAGACCCUUUACGGCCACCAUGAUCUGGUUGCUGAUAUCUCUUCGCUCUCUUUAGAGAGAUGUGUAACAGUAGGCUCUCGUGAUAGAACUGCCAUGUUGUGGAAGAUUCCCGACGAAACGAGACUCACCUUCAGGGGCGGUGAUGAUCCAGAGAGACUUGCUAAGAAGUGGCUGAAAGAGCAUGCUGAGGAGACAGAAGAUGGGAAACUGGUGUAUCCAGAUGAAUGUGCAAUCCCAACUUUUUACGCUGAAGGAAGUAUCGAUGUCGUGAGCAUGGUUGAUGAUUCGCAUUUCGUGACGGGGUCUGACAACGGUAAUAUUUGUUUAUGGUCAUUGGCGAAGAAGAAGCCUGUUUUCACCGUAAGACUUGCACACGGUAAGUCGCCUUUACCGGAUCUUGGCAAGAUAUCUGGGGAAACGGACGAGAAGCACAGAAGCAGACAGGUGGAAGAAAAGAGGCUUUCUCAUCCAUACUGGAUAACAGCCAUCCACGCCAUUCCAUACUCUAACGUUUUUAUCUCUGGUUCCUGGAAUGGCGCAAUUAAGGUUUGGAAGAUUUCAGAGAAUUUGAGGCAGUUCGAACUAUUAGGUGAUUUGCCCAAUUGCAAAGGUGUUGUCACAAAAAUUCAAGUCGUGGAAUCUGGAAAGAGCAGUAGGGAGACAUUCAGAGUGUUGGCUAGUGUCGCAAAAGAGCAUAAAAUGGGGAGAUGGAUCUCCAAAGUUCCUAAAGCAAGGAAUGGUAUAUAUUCAGCCGUCGUUGAGCAGGGCAACUUUUGA